CGAACUCCUUCAUAGCAGUCGCAGUGAUUGAACAAUCUAGAAUCUGCUUCCAUACAUGGCGGCGCCGAAAAGCAAACGGUUAAGCUUUCUUUGCACAUUUAAUUUGCGCCACACGAAGUAUAUAUUGUUUCCCACUCCAACCUCUCCGAUUGCAAUCAACUUCACAGAGCCGGACCAGAUAGAGAUAAACCAAGCAGCUUAGUACACAGACGCCCAUCACGCCCAGCACAAUACAAUGACAUCCCACGAACCAUCACCCCAAUGUCCCUUCUGCAACAUCGCAAACACAUACCCCCCGCUGACCCCAACAACGUUCCUCCGCCAACAAGACCCGAAGAAUGUCUCGAACAACCCAGCAACGAGCACGAGCACGAGCACGACAAUGAUAACGACCCCACCGAUCUCACCCACAGCAACGACGGCCCACCUGAUCCUCUCGACCACCUCCCUCCUCGCGUUCCUGGAUAUCAUGCCCCUAACGAGGGGCCACAUCCUCCUUGCCACGCGAGAGCAUUAUGAGAAACUAGGGGACGUGAAGGUCGGCGUGAGUCGAGAGGUGAGUAGUAUCGGCCAAUGGCUCCCCAUCCUCUCGCGGGUGGUGAUGCGCACGCUUUUCGGGGCCUCGGACGACGAGGCGGCGGAUUGGUGUUGGAAUGUGGUGCAGAAUAAUGGCGUCAGAGCAGCGCAGCAGGUCCCGCAUGUUCACUUCCAUGUGAUUCCGAGGCCGAAUCUGGAUGGGUCUGGCGGCGGCGGGAGGCCGAGCUUUGUGAUGUUUGGGCGUGGGCAGAGGGACGAGUUGGAUGAGGAGGAAGGGGAGGAGCUGGCGCGGUGCUUGAGGGAGGAGUUGGCGAGGGAGGUUGUGCGUCUUAGGGAUGUGGAGGGGGUGGAUUUGGAGGGGGAGUUUGCGGGGAGGUGUUUACUUUCGAAGCUUUGA